AUGCUGACGGGCGACUUUCGUGAGGCGCGCGAGUGCCGCGUCGAGGUGGUGGACUUUUCAAAGGGCGCCAUAGAGAAGUUCCUAGAGUUCCUGUACACGGACCAUGUGCAGGACUGGGGCGGCUGCGAGAUGGAGCUGCUGCAGCUGGCGGACAAGUACAUGGUUCCGGAGCUGCGCGACGAGUGCUCGCUGCGCCUGUGGACCUGCGACGCCCCGCGGGCCCUGGAGGUGCUGCGGGCCGCCGGGCUGUGCGAGCUCAUCAGCAGGCCGCUGCGCCGCCGGCUGACGGCCGUCGUGGUGUUCAACAUGGACUCGCUGGUGGGCACCAAGGAGUGGGCCGAGUUCCAGGCAACCUACCCGGUUCUCGCCGACAGUAUGCUCGGCUCUUCAGACUCGUCGCGAAAGUCCGACUCGACCACCUCCGUGUGGGCAUUGCAGUGA